CCUGCAGGACGCGCUCUUGGGGCAAAGGAUGACGGUGUCUCCGGCGAUCGGGUGCCUAGAAAAUCAUAGUGCUUGGCCUCGACGCUGGCGGAGACAGUAGCAGCGCCUUCUACCGCAACCACUACUGCUUCAUGCAAGGGGAUGGGGUGGCAGUGGCGAGGUGCCCCUGGAGUGGUUGCGGCCACUGAAGCGUACUGCGCGCGUCGCUUAGGUAACAUGAGGACUCUCACCAGAUGGGGCGUUCUAUUUGCAGUAUAUGACGUAAAACGUCAGAUACGGGAAGUUCUGGGUGCUCCGCCAGACUCCGCCAGGGGGCUCCUAGCCCACUGGCCAGGGCAGGGACCAUCACAGAGUACUGGUGGCACAGGGUGGCCGGUUUUGGCUCACUACGGGGGCCCUGUUAAAUGGUGCCUCCUACUUCCACUGGGCGCGGCGGGGAUACGCCUGCCGCCGGCUGUGGCCCUAGCGCUCUCGCUGCGGCUUAGGGAGACGCUGGUCCGCAGUCGGCUAUGGCACACUAGCCGGUGCAACAGGCUGGGGCUGAGACUCUGAGGCUUAGGGGGCCUACCUCAACACUGUUGGUGGCUCGCUCUAUCGCUACACAUACUCGUUAAUGCUAUAUUUCUAUGAUACACGACAACCGUUAA